CAGGGCCUGGCCCUCCUCUCCCCGGCCUGGCUCCGGAGAACAGAGAAGGGAGGAAAGAAGGCGCUUCUGGCCCUUCCCAGCCUUGAGGCGCAGAGUUGGGCCUCCCUUGGAGAGGAAAGCAGGAGGAAGAAGAGAAGAGUCACCACCGCCAUGGCUCAAAUAAAGUUUCUCCUGUGUUUUGGAUUAUUAAACUGCCUCAUAGUCUAUGGAUUUGCCCAACAAGGUGGAAAUAUUUGUAUAGCAGCUAAUGCAAAGUCAUGCGCUGAUUGUAUACAAGCUGGACCAAAUUGUGGAUGGUGCAAAAAUAUAACUUUCUUACAAGAAGGAGAAUCUACUUCAGCACGAUGUGAUGAUUUGGAGGUUUUAAAAACUAAGGGCUGCCCUCCUGGUGAAAUAGAAAAUCCCAGAGGUUCUCAAGAGAUGCUCAAAAACAAAGAAGUAACAAAUCGUGUCAAAGGAGCUGCUGAGAGUCUUAGGCCAGAAGACAUUACCCAGAUUCAGCCCCAGCAAGUACGGUUAAAGCUACGGAUAGGGGAACCACAAACAUUUUCACUAAAGUUUAAGAGAGCUGAAGAUUACCCUAUUGAUCUUUAUUACCUUAUGGACCUCUCUUACUCUAUGAAAGAUGACUUGGAAAAUGUCAAAAGCCUUGGAACUUCUCUAAUGAGUAAAAUGAAGAACAUCACUUCAGACUUUCGAAUUGGUUUUGGCUCUUUUGUUGAAAAAACUGUAAUGCCUUACAUCAGCACCACACCUGCCAAAAUCAGGAAUCCUUGCACAGGUGACCUCAACUGUACCAGUCCUUUUAGCUACAGAAAUGUACUCAAUUUUACCAGCAAUGGAAGUCUCUUCAAUAAACUUGUAGGUGACCAACAAAUAUCUGGCAAUUUGGAUUCUCCGGAAGGUGGAUUUGAUGCCAUAAUGCAGGUUGCUGUUUGUGGAUCAAAAAUCGGAUGGAGAAAUGUCACUCGCCUGCUGGUGUUUUCCACGGAUGCUGGAUUCCAUUUUGCUGGAGAUGGGAAACUUGGUGGAAUUGUUUUGCCAAAUGAUGGACAAUGUCAUUUAGAUGAUAAUAUGUACACAAUGAGCCAUUAUUAUGAUUAUCCCUCCAUUGCUCACCUUGUUCAGAAGUUAAGUGACAAUAAUAUUCAGAUCAUAUUUGCUGUUACCCAAGAAUUUCAACCUGUUUAUAAGGAGUUGAAGAAUCUGAUUCCAAAGUCUGCAGUGGGAACACUCUCUUCAAAUUCCAGCAACGUGAUCCAGCUGAUUAUUGAUGCAUACAAUUCACUGUCUUCAGAAGUUAUUUUGGAAAACAACAAACUGCCAAAAGAAGUCGCAAUUGAAUAUAAAUCGUUCUGCAAGAACGGAGUGAAUGGUACAGGGGAUGAAGGAAGAAAGUGCUCCAACAUUUCAAUUGGAGAUGAGGUUAGGUUUGAAAUUAAAGUAACAGCCAGCCAGUGUCCGGAAAAAGGACAAAGUGAAACCAUUAAGAUCAAGCCGCUAGGUUUUACCGAAGAGGUAGAAAUUAAUCUGGAGUUCAUCUGUGAAUGUGACUGUCACAAUGAAGGGAUUGCUGACAGUGACCUUUGCCACUAUGGAAAUGGAACAUUUGAAUGUGGCGCUUGCAGGUGUAAACCAGGACGCAUUGGGAAACAGUGUGAAUGCAGCAUAGAAGAAGUGAACAGUGAAGACAUGUCGGGAACUUGCAGAGCAACCAACAGUUCCGAAAUAUGCAGUAACAAUGGGGAAUGUAUCUGUGGGCAGUGUGUCUGCAAGAAAAGAGAGAAUACAAAUGAAAUCUACUCUGGCCAGUAUUGCCAGUGUGAUAAUUUCAACUGUGAUCGAUCGGAUGGUUUGAUUUGUGGAGGACAUGGUGAAUGUAAAUGUCGUGAGUGUGACUGCUGGGCCAAUUACACAGGCUCCGCGUGUGAGUGCCCUCUGGAUACUACCCCGUGCGAAGCGGCCAAUGGUCAAAUCUGCAAUGGCAGAGGGAUCUGUGAGUGUGGAGUCUGCAACUGCACGGAUUCCAAAUUUCAGGGACCAACAUGCGAGUUGUGCCAGACUUGCCUUGGAGUGUGUGCAGAGCACAAGGAUUGUGUCCAGUGCAAAGCUUUUAACAAAGGAGAAAAGAAAGAGCGUUGUGAGGAAGAAUGUUCACAUUUUAGCUUGAUACUGGUAGACCGUAGAGAGAAGUUGCCACAGCCUGGGCAAUAUGAGGCCCUGACCCAUUGCAAGGAGAAGGAUAUUGAUGACUGCUGGUUUUAUUUCACAUACUCAGUUGAUUCAAACAACAAAGCUGUUGUUCAUGUGGUGAAGACACCAGAAUGUCCAACAGGUCCGGAUAUCAUUCCCAUUGUUGCCGGUGUAGUUGCUGGAAUUGUUCUUAUAGGUCUUGCUCUUCUACUGAUUUGGAAGCUGCUUAUGAUCAUUCAUGACAGAAGAGAAUUUGCAAAAUUUGAGAAAGAAAAGAUGAAUGCAAAAUGGGAUACACAAGAAAAUCCAAUAUACAAGAGUCCUAUUAAUAAUUUCAAGAAUCCAAACUAUGGACGUAAAGCUGGUCUCUAAGUUUCCGGUGAAAAUCCUAUAUACAAGAGUGCCGUGACAACUGUAGUGAAUCCAAAAUAUGAGGGAAAAUGAAAACUGCUUUUUAACUUCAACACUGUAUGCAAUGUAGCAAUUUUGUAGUCACAGUAACUUAGCUUUAGGGCAGUACUGCAAUGGAUUUAUUAAUUCAUUUCUUACAUAUUAGGUUUGUUUCCUAUGCAGACUUUGAAAAUGUACAGUAUGCUUUUUUAUUUUUGAAGUGUUUUCCUUUUGUUUUGUUUUUGCAAUGAACAAUGCCAGGGGACUGACAGAAAACUUGAGACUGCGUAGCCUCCUCAGCUAAGGUCACUUGGUGCCUUUUUGAACCUUUCCCUCCUGGGCCUGGAGAGAAAUGGCUAAAGCAAUCAAAAGGAGGGGCUCUGCUUAGCCAUUAAGUAUUAAAGGUAGAUUGGUUUUUAACUUUAUAGGCACAUCAGGGCUUGGUUUGCACUGCUAAAGUGCAGCCACGUAAUUCUUUCUGAACUACAGAACUUUAGCUUGUGAAUAUUGAAUGGAAUGUUUGGAAAAUUAAACCUCAUUUGGAUACAUUUGGUACAAGAUGGAAAUCAUGCAGUAAAAUUGACAAUUUAUUAUGUACAUAAGCAUUUUAAUCUGUCAAAUGUUAAUAUAAAAAUAGACCCAAAACAAUAGCCUCACCGGUUGUGCCAUUCUUUUUCAUGCUGUAGCUGCACAGUAACCUCAGAACUUCUUUGUAAAUUCAAGUCUGGCUUUAGAACUAAAAAUUAGUCUGCCAAGAUGAUAUUCGAAAUGUAUUAGGGCCUUAACUCUUUAAUGCGCUUGUUUAAUUUUCUUAUUUGGGUUAAAGCCUGGUGCUUUGUCACCUUUUUAAAAAUGUGUUUUGCUUUCAUUAUGUGUAAGAUUAUUGUUGUCAAAACAUCUUGAUUUUUUUUUUUACAGUCUCGGUUGUAGAUUUGCAGCAGAGAACUAAGAUUACUUAAUUGUCAUGUACCAUGACUGUCAGCCAGAUAACUGUUUCUGCCAUGUAUAUUUGCCUUUGAUCCUUCUGAAUACUAGCCACGUCCUUAUUUUAAGUGCCUUUUAUUUUAACAAAUGUUCACUUUUUACAGUGCUAUCAUGGAAGUUAUUUAUUAAAUAAAAAAUAUAAAACAUA